CCAUCUUAACCAACUCAAGUCUUCACCUUCUUAAGUAUCGUUUUGUUCCAAAAGUCCUUCGAUUUAUUCUUCUCUUUUAAGACCACUUGAAAAUUUUCAAAACCAUGGGUUUUCGGUUACCUGGAAUUGUUAAUGCCAAGAGAAGUCUUACUCGAUCUCUGUCUGGUGGGAAGAACUUAGAUAUACCAAAAGGUUUCUUUGUUGUUUAUGUUGGUGAGAGCCAGAAGAAGCGGUUUGUGAUUCCAAUAUCAUAUCUGAAUGAGCCUCUGUUCAUGGAUUUGUUGAAUCAAGCUCAUGAAGAAUUUGGAUACAAUCAUCCCAUGGGUGGUAUCACAAUCCCCUGCAGUGAAUACACCUUCCUUGAUCUCGUUUCUCGCUUAAGUGUGUGAGUCAGCGCGAAUGAAGUGAAUCUGGAAUUGGAAUUCGUAUCAAAACAUCCUCAUUUCAGAACUCACUGAUUUGAGGGAUGAAGAAGAGGGUGCGAGGGAAAACUUCUCUAAUCCUCAAGCUGCUUCUGAGGCUGGGAGCUGAGCUGAUCAAGACAAGAAAUUAAUUGAACUCAGAAUUAUGAUAUACCAUUAACCUUCUCAGAGUGUUGGCUCAAAUCAGGAUUCGAACUUGAUCUCAAAGAAAAAUAGAUACUUCAGUUAGAUUCUGUUUUUUUUUAUCCAAUGUAAACUCUUCUCUUGUUCUCCAGGAUAAUCUGGGAAUCUAUAAUUGAAUUCCUCAUUCAUCUUGGUGUUUUUGGUUUUA